CUGUGUUGUGUCCCUUAUUUCGAUUUGUUUUUAUUUAUUUUCACAACUUAUUUAGGAAUUAAAUCAUUGUAAUAACACUAUGAAUUGAAAAAAUUGUCAUAUCACAUUCUAGAAAACAGUCAAAAUAAAUUAAUAAACAUGGCAGCAGCGUUUCAACAACAAAUAUUUGCUUUAGACGCUCGCUUCAAUGCUUACAGAGCUCCGAAUAAUCCCAACUUCAAAACCUUAUACAUACGAAGACGCAGUCAAUUGCUGAGAGAGAAUGCUAAAUUCAAAGACAUAGAGACAAUAAAGAAGUACCUCCACAUCCGGAGCCAGCUGCUGCAGCGCCGCUAUGGUGUCCAGGACAAUAUAUCAAUCAGCUCAGCUUCCUCACGCCAAAGAUCUAGUAGUAAGGCUAGUCUGGCGCUUGAUGACUUCCCACAGAGCUCCAACAACAAGAAGAAAAAUGAAAUGUCAAUAUCAGAGAACUAUGCAUUCACUGGAGUACACCAUAUUUUUGACCAGCACUCAGAGCAAGUGAGCGUAGUGAAGUUCGCCAACAACGACCGUUCUAAAUUAGCUUGUGCGUCACACGACGGCUCCGUGUCCAUCUGCGACGUGACGGCGUCCCCGCCGCGCGUCAGCUUCGUGCUGGAGGGACACACGCAGCCCGUCACAGGCUGCGACUGGUCGGCGUCGAACGAGCUGGUGGUGUCGGUGGGGCUGGACGGGCUGCUGGUGGUGUGGGACGUGUCGCGGCGCGUGCGCCUGCGCGCCGUGCGGGACCAGCUGCGCGCGCCGCUGCUCGCCGUCGCUUUCCAGCCCGCCAACAAUAAUAUGGUCAUUGCAGGAAAUGCGAAGGGGAUGGUGGAAGUGCUGAACGUGUCCACAGGAAUAUACCCGAGAGGCGGGAGCAGCAUUCUGGGCGGACGAGUGCUUUCGAUAGCUUGCGAAUCGAGCGGACGAAUGUUUUGGGCUGCUAACGACAAGGGCGUGAUAGUGAGCUACCGUCUGGAGGGCGCCGGGGGAGCGCUGAGCAAGUUGCGCCGCUGCUGCGUAGACGGCGCCGUGUCCUGCCUCAGCUGGAGCCCCUGGCUGGCGCGCCAUCCCGCGCUGCUCGCCAGCGUGGCCACCGACACGCUCUACCUGUUCAGGAUCGCGGAUCGCGACGGCACCUUGGCUCUAAAGAAGCGCUUCUCCACCAUGCACCGCGAGCACAGCGUGAAGUCCACCUUCUGUCCUAUCAUGUCGUUCCGGCGUGGCGUGUGCGUGGUGACGGGGAGCGAAGAUGCCACUGUAUACUUCUUGGACAUUGAAGGCACAUCUAAUCAGCCCGUAGUUAAUAAGCUGCAAGGGCACGCGUCGCCGGUGCUGGGCGUGAGCUUCAGCUACGACGAGAGCCUGCUGGCCACCAGCGACGCCUCCGGCCUCGUCAUCAUCUGGCGGCGACCCUGACUUCACGAACAAUAACCGAGUACCUGGUCAACGUGACAACUAUGACAUGAUUAAUGACAGAUGUAACGAAAAGUGACGUGAUCAUUUCCAUACAUUACUAAAGAUUCGUUUAUGUUGGCGUUCUCUACAAACAUUUGGCACUUGGCUAGGUUCAUGUGACAUUCGGAAACUCAUUCAAUUGUUUACCUUAUUCUCGUGCAAUAAAUUCCAAAUUCAACUUUUUUUUUUUAAUGUCACCUGUGGUUGUUAUGAAUUAGCCUGGAAUUACCGAUCUCUCCCACAGUUUGUAAACUAAACCGAGCCAUUUCCAACACCAUAUUCGUUAGGAAUUAUAUUUCCAGUUCCAAAAA